CUUUUCACCCUUAUUUCGAAGACUAAAUUAUUAAGCUCUGUUUGUUCUCAAGAUAUGAAUUCUUACUCUAUCAUUAUAGUUCUGGCAUCCCUUUUCAUGCAUAUAUCCUCAGAGAUCAUUAAAAGUAAGAGAGUGAGGAAUAUAAUGUUAACAAGUUUAACUUUAUACUGAAAAGUUUCCAACUUUAUUUCUUUAAAAGAGAUUAAAAUUUUCACUUCUGGUUCUCUCCAAAGAUUGUCUGAUUCGAGUAUUUAGACAUAUAUUAUCAUAUUUUAGACAGGUAGAAUUUGAAUCUAUCAUCAAAUACAAUUAUCCUGGAUUUAUGAAUGAUGCUUCAGUUAAACCAAGUCUCAUAAAAUAUGGCAUUUAGAAAUAACAUCUGGCUCUCCAGUGAAUUAUUUUAAUAAGCCUCAUCAAAGGUAUCUUUAUGUCUUUAUUUUGGGAAAUCUUGUUAUCUAGAACAAAGAGUUAGAUACUUUCCAUUGCUUUAUUGACUCUUCAAUAUCUGAUAAAUUCUAUUGACUUAUCUGGACCU